AUGUCACAGAUCUCAAAAUAUUAAUUGUUAGGGAAGGUUGGAUCUGGCGUUUAUGGAGAUGUCUAUAAAGCCAUAAAUACUUCGACAGGGAAGAUUGUUGCUAUAAAGAAGAUAAAGAAGCAGUCACAAGAUUAGGGGAUAUCGUAAGUAGCCUUGAGAGAAACAUCAAUAUUAUAAACAGUUUAAUGUGAAAAUAUUGUGAAAUUGAUUGAAAUUGAAUAUGUUUAGGAAUGCAUCAGAUUGGUGAUGGAAUUCUAUGAUGUUGACUUGGAUACCUAUUUGAAAUCAAAUGUAUUGGAUAUGUAAAAGAUUUAGGAAAUCUUACACGGGAUCUUAAAAGGGAUGAAUGAAUGCCAUAAAAAGAAGUGUAUGCAUAGAGACUUGAAGCCUUAGAACAUAUUGAUUAGCAAGGAUGGCAAAGUGAAAAUUGGUGAUUUCGGAAUGGCUAGAUCCUUCCAGUAACUACCUGGAUCCUACACCUAUGAAGUGAUAACACUGUGGUACAGACCACCAGAGUUAUUACUUAAGCCUUCUUGUUAUACAACAGCAAUCGAUGUCUGGUCUAUUGGGUGUAUAUUUGCUCAAAUGGUCCUUAAUGCCCCUCUCUUUGCAGGAGAUAGCGAGAUUCAGUAGAUGAAGUUGAUCUGUGACAGUAUAUCGUCUAAGUAGGAUGAUGUAUAAGUUUUAUCUAAUUCUUAAUUUUAAGAAGAAUUGGAACGGAAGCUGGAUUAAUAAUUCUAAAACACAUAGCUUACUUAGGAUGGUUUGGAUUUGUUGAAGAAAUUAUUGUAAUUGAAUCCAGUCAAUAGAAUUUCUUGCCAGGAGGCUCUGAGACAUCCAUUUUUUAAGAACACACUAGAACCAGAUGUUGUGGAUGAAAAUAUGGGUUUAUUGUCCGAGUAUUUUAAAGUGUAAUAAUGA